UGUCACUGGGGAGCAGGACUGCACAGGGUUCUGGUGUCUGGGGCUGUACUUGAGGCAGGACCCAACAGUGAACCUUCCCCCUGCGCCUAUCCCGGGAUUUCUCCUCACACCCCCACCUGGCCUCAUUUCCCCUCCGCCAUGGGGCUCCUCUGCCCUGCAGCUCAGUAUCUGCCCAUCCUGUUGGACAAGCAGAGACCUGUUGCCCUGCUCCCCCGGGUGCUGGCUGGGGGAGCCACAAACUGGGCCAGCCCUCCCAGGGGCGGGGAGUCCAGCUCACCCAAACUGGCCUGGUCUCUCUCUUGCUCUUAGGGAGCAGCAAUUCAAGCACCAUGACUCUUCAGCGGGAGCUGAGCCGCUCGCAGGUGUGCGGGAUGAUGCGUGAGGAGCUCUGCCAGGGCAAGGACUUCCUCCAGUCCGACACCCACAUCUUCAUCAUCAUGGGGGCCUCGGGUGACUUGGCCAAGAAGAAGAUCUACCCAACCAUCUGGUGGCUCUUCCGGGAUGGUCUCCUGCCCGAUGACACCUACGUGGUGGGCUACGCCCGCUCCCAGCUCACCGUGGCCGACAUCCGCAAGCAGAGCCAGCCCUACUUCAAGGUGGAGCCGGAUGAGCAGAAGAAGCUGGAGGAGUUCUUUGCCCGGAACAGCUACGUGUCAGGGACCUAUGACGACAGCACCUCCUUCCGGCGGCUGAACGCCCACCUGGACGCACUGCACAACGGGGACAAGGCCAACCGGCUCUUCUACCUGGCACUGCCCCCUAGUGUCUACGAGCACGUCACCCGCAACAUCAAGGAAUGCUGCAUGGGCCAUGGGGGUUGGAACCGCAUCAUCGUGGAGAAGCCAUUCGGGAAGGACCUGGAGAGCUCCAACAAACUGUCCAAUCACAUCGCGUCGCUCUUCCGGGAGGACCAGAUCUACCGCAUUGACCACUACCUGGGCAAGGAGAUGGUGCAGAACCUCAUGGUGCUGAGGUUCGGGAACCGGAUCUUCGGCCCUGUGUGGAACCGGGACAAUGUGGCCUGCAUCAUCCUGACCUUCAAGGAGCCGUUUGGCACAGAGGGGCGGGGCGGCUACUUCGAUGAGUUCGGGAUCAUCCGUGAUGUGAUGCAGAACCACCUGCUGCAGAUGCUCUGCCUGGUGGCCAUGGAAAAACCAGCUUCCACAGACUCAGACGACGUGCGGGAUGAGAAGGUGAAGGUGCUGAAGUGCAUCUCGGAGUUGCAGCUGGGCAAUGUGGUGCUGGGCCAGUAUGUGGGGAACCCCGAUGGGGUGGGCGAGGCCCGGAAGAGCUACCUGGAUGACCCCACUGUCCCCACUGGCUCCAACACGGCCACCUUCGCUACCGCUGUGCUGUAUGUGGACAACGAGAGAUGGGAUGGCGUCCCAUUCGUGCUGCGCUGUGGUAAGGCCCUGAACGAGCGCAAGGCCGAGGUGCGGCUGCAGUUCCGGGACGUGCCGGGCGACAUCUUCCAGCGGCAGUGCAAGCGCAACGAGCUGGUGAUCCGGGUGCAGCCCAACGAGGCCGUCUACACCAAGAUGAUGACCAAGAAACCUGGCAUGUUCUUCGACCCCGAGGAGACGGAGCUGGACCUGACCUAUGGCAACCGCUACAAGGAUGUGAAGCUGCCAGAUGCCUAUGAGCGACUCAUCCUGGAUGUCUUCUGUGGCAACCAGAUGCACUUUGUGCGCAGUGACGAGCUCCGUGAAGCCUGGCGCAUUUUUACUCCGCUGCUGCACAAGAUGGAGUCUGAGAGGAUCAAACCAAUCCCGUACUGCUACGGCAGCCGGGGCCCACCCGCGGCGGACGAGCUGAUGAAGAGAGUCGGGUUCCAGUACGAGGGUACCUACCGCUGGGUGAAUCCGCACAAGCUCUGAGCCAGGGGCCAGCUGCUGCCUCCCCAGAGCAACCCUGCUUCUCGCCCUGGGGCGUCUGUCUGCUCCACUCGCUGCUCCCCCCCUCCAGGGGCACCUGGGGUGGGGACGUGUGGCUGGGGGCUGAGAGGGAAGGGGAGAGUUGGGUAUGGGUGGCCAGCGGAGACGGGCAGGGUUGGGGGAGCUGGGG